UCGAAGUUAUUGCGUACUUCGCGCGCCAGAGCUUCUCUUCUCUAGUUUUCAAUGUGAUGUGGUUCUUUUCAUACCAAUGCCUUAGAUAUUUGGCUAUGAUUGCAUUUAUAACUGCAUUUUAGUUAGCGACCUUUCUCCUCUCUGGCACAGAAUUGUAUUGAUUCAUUGCCUUCAUUAUGACUGAUAUAUGCACCUCUGAUCCUGCAGGAGCAAUUAAGGCCAUUGACAAGGAUUCAGUGCAUCAAAUCUGCUCAGGACAAGUGGUGCUGACUUUAGCUACUGCUGUCAAAGAACUGGUGGAAAACAGCAUUGAUGCCGGAGCCACUAAUAUAGAUAUAAAGCUAAAGGACUUUGGAGCUGGACUAGUGGAAGUGUCAGACAAUGGCAAAGGUGUAGAAGAAGCCAACUUUGAAGGACUGACACUGAAGCAUCACACAUCAAAGCUAACAGAUUUCUCAGAUCUCAUCCAUGUGGAAACAUUUGGUUUUAGAGGCGAAGCUCUUAGUUCUUUAUGUGCACUGAGUGACCUGAGUGUGGUUACCUGCCACAAGUCCAGUCAGGUGGGUACCAAACUAGUGUUUGAUUGCAAAGGUCACCUAGUCCAGCGGUCACCUCAUCCUCGUCAGCAAGGCACCACGGUCAGCCUGCAGCAGCUCUUCUACACGUUACCUGUUCGACACAAAGAGUUCCAGCGCAAUAUAAAGAAGGAGUACAACAAAUUGCUGCAUGUCUUGCAGUCCUACUGUAUCAUCUCUACAGGAGUGCGUAUUACCUGUUCUAACCAAAAUGGUCAGGGAAAGCGCAGCACAAUCCUCAGCACCAGCGGUAGCCAGAAUAUGAGAGAUAACAUAGGAGCUUUAUUUGGACCUAAACAGCUACAAAGUCUUCUGCCGUUUCAACAGCUAUUGCCAACGAAAAAUAUUACUGAAGAAUAUGGUCUUGUGGAUGCCGAGCUUCACAAAGAGCUUUUUACUAUCACAGGGUUUGUGUCUCAAGGAGACCAUGGUGUUGGAAGAAGUGCCACAGACAGACAGUUCUUUUUUAUUAACAAUCGUCCAUGUGAUCCUCAUAAGGUGACCAAACUUGUAAAUGAAGUGUAUCAUAUGUAUAACAGACAUCAGUAUCCAUUUGCUGCCUUGAACAUAGCUGUCGUCUCAGAGUGUGUGGAUGUAAACGUAACCCCAGAUAAACGGCAGAUUUUACUUCAAGAAGAGAAACUCCUACUCGCUAUUCUCAAGACCUCUCUCAUCAACAUGUAUGAAGCUGGAGUUAAUAAGAUCACCCUCAACUCUGCAGCCAUUCCCAGGACCAACACAUCCUCUGCAUCUGAGCUGCACAAGGUCUCUUCAUCUAAUGAGAAUGAACAUGGACAGGAUGUGCAAUCAAUAACUCAAAGACCAAAGUCAUGUUUGAACCUGGUUGGACUAAAAGCUGCUUUUUCCAGUUAUCGCAGUUCCACUUGUGGCAACAAAGCAGAAGUGAAACCUGCCAACAGCGACUCAUCACAGAAAACACUGCAGCAAUUUUUUAAGAGUUCUGUAACCCCUUCUACUUGCAAUGCAAGUGGAAAUGUUUCAGUGAAAUCCACAAGGGAUUUAGGCAAAUGUUCUUUAGUAGGAAAUUCUGUGCAAGGCAGCUUCAGUUAUGGAAAAAUGUGUAGUGGUGCAGAUGAUGAAAAAGACAUUGCUACAUCAAGUGAGUUCACAGCAGGAGCAGGAAAUUAUUCUUCUGGUAUGGAGCUCAGUUCUCAUGAACUAAUGAUUAACUACCCAAGUGUACAAAAUGAAAUUUUUGAAGGAUCAUCUGAAAGUACUCACGCAGUUUCUGGAAACCCAGAUACAGAGAUACAGAAAGAGCCAUGCACCUCUAGGGAGGAUGACACUCUCAGUAGUGAUGCUAAAAGGUCUAGAAAGGAGGAUCAACAUUUCUCUGCACGGUGUAAACCAAAUACCCUUUCAGAUAGUUCUGAGAAAUCAUUUUCCACUAUAGUGGAUGCUCCAGCCUGCUUACGAAAGAGGAUAGUUCAUCUCAAGUUUUCUCUACAUGAGCUUGCGGAGAAGAUGAGGCAGUUACAAGAUCAACACAAGGAAACCACUGGUGAGAAGCUAUGCUAUCGUCGGUUUAGGGCCAAAAUCAAUACUGGAGAGAACCAAAGUGCAGAGGAAGAGCUUAAGAAGGAAAUCAGUAAAGAAAUGUUCAAAGAGAUGGAGAUUAUUGGUCAGUUUAACCUGGGCUUCAUUAUCACCAAACUUUUCUCAGACAUCUUCAUGAUUGACCAGCAUGCUACAGAUGAGAAAUACAACUUUGAGAUGCUCCAGCAGCACACUGUGCUUCAAGGACAAAAACUCAUAGUCCCUCAGAAACUUGACCUGAACAUGGUCAGUGAGAAUAUACUCAUAGAGAACAUAGACAUUUUCAGGAAGAAUGGCUUCGAAUUUCAGAUUGAAGAGGAUGCUCCAGUGAGGGUCAGGCUUGUGUCAUUGCCCACAAGUAAGAAUUGGACAUUUGGUGUAGCUGACAUUGAGGAAUUGAUCUUCAUGCUGAGUGACAGCCCAGGAGUUAUGUGCCGCCCAUCCAGAGUCAGGCAGAUGUUUGCCUCAAGGGCUUGUCGAAAAUCUGUAAUGAUUGGCACUGCUUUGAGUGGUAGUGAAAUGAAGAAGCUGGUGAAUCAUAUGGGAGAAAUUGAGCAUCCAUGGAACUGUCCUCAUGGCAGACCUACGAUGAGACAUCUCGUCAACUUGGACGUCGUCUCACAACACUGAGCAAGUCAAAGAAACAACUUUAAAUCCCUAUUUAGAGUUGUUUUAUCUGGUAAAUAUGAACACAUAGGCAAUGCAAUUAAUAUUGAAUUCAAACUGUAUAUUGUUGCUGCAAAUCCUUGGUAUGUUCAUUUUUUUAUUGAUUACUUUUAAUGGUUGUCUUAAUAAAAAACAUUACUGAUUUUAUUUCUACUUUGCAUCUCAGGUUUGUUUACACUUUAAGAUUUGUUUUUAUGAGAAAUAAACUGGAUACAUAUA